AUGAGAAACAUCACAAGCAAUUUUCCACAGAAGCAGCAGCAGGAAGAGGUGCGAAAACGCGAAAAGGAGUCACAGAGACAGUCACCACGUCAGCGGCGGCGCUCUCCUCCACGUGCACGUUCACCUUCACGCUCACCCUCACCCAAACCCCGAAGACGUCCCCAGGUAGAAAGAACCAUCCCUCAGACCCCCCAAAAAGCUCCAGAGACCUUUCCAAAGCCCCGCAGGCCAGAGAUACGAUUUUCACUAUCUUUAUGCAUCUCAUGUUUGUUAGAAGCACGCCCAAAGCCUGCGUCAAAGGUUGCUAAGCCACUGAUAUACGCCACUCCACCGGUGACCCAACCCAAAUCACCUCCACCAAUAAAGACUGAAGUAAAUCCACUCCCAGUACCUCCUAACAUCCAAGAACCUGAACCAGAACCAGAAUCUCCAGAACCGACAUCUCCUAAACCAGAACCUACUAGUAAAAUUAGAGAGAUCAUCAAGCAGUACCAGAGCCGGCCCUCUCCAGAACCUAAAGCCUUCGAGCCUGUCAGGGUUCCGGCCAAGCAAUUUCUAAAGAAAAAUGACCCCAAAGAUGAGGCGCUGGCCAUUCUCAAAUCUCAGGGACCUGUCACUCAGCAGAAGAAACAGUGGGAAGAGAAGCCUCCUUCACCCCCCCAGCCCCCUGAGUCCCAUGGUCCUCGUGCCAUCUCUAACGAUAUGAAACAGAAGCAGCGUUCACUAGCUGAUCUCUUCGGCUCGCAGCGUUCGCAUGCUCUGCCUCGAGCUCGUGAGCCCAUCCCUCCUCCAUCUCCCAGCAUCCCCGACCCACCACUGAUGUCUCCACCUGGACCUAAUCAGUUCAACAGGAUGGCUGAGGAGGAGAGUGUUCGCUCCCAAUUGCACAGAUUCUCUGCCAGCGUUUACUUUUCCUACCCCAGUAUGCCUGGCAAACUCUUCCUGCGCAAGGAGCUGUUUUAUCCCAGGGAAAAAUUCAACCACCCAUACAUACUUAAUUUACUCUGUGAGCAGAUCAUGCGAGACACUUACUCAGAUUCUUGUCCGAGGAUUUCACGUGAAGAAAGGCGUAAAAUGAAAGACCUUUUGGCGAGCUUCCAUAUCAGAACCAGUAUCAGUUCACUAGAUGAUGCUAUGAAGAAAAGAAUUGUCAUGGCUGCAAGAGACAACUGGUCCAAUUAUUUUGCACGUCUCUUUAAUGUGAAGGUGGGGAACGGAGGAGAUGCUCAGAUUCUGGGAGUGUCGCAUAGAGGAAUCAGACUGCUGAAGGUGGCCAGAGCUUCAGGCAUAAACCCCGAACACCUCAAACUGCUCCACAGCUACAGUUUUUCACAGGUUUUGUCAGUACAGCAGCAAGGGGCUGGAAAAGUCGUGAUCACUUUGAGUAAUGAGGAGUUGGAACUUCACUCUCAACAGGCACCACAGAUCGCUGCUGUGAUUCAUCUCUUCCUCAUGGAGCUGAUUACGAACUCAGACUAUGUGAUCGCUGUGAAGAGCUAUGUGACAGAUGACAAGAGCUUGCUGUCCUUUCACAGAGGUGACGUCAUCAAAAUCCUGAACAUGGACGGCCUCAAGGACGGAUGGAUGUUUGGUUCCAGUGGGGGCCGUUCUGGACUCCUUCCGGUGGACGUCACUCAGCCUUGUGCCCCACCAGACUACCACAGCAGCAACAUGGAGCGGCAGCUUGAGCGGAAAAAGAGUAUGAGACUGACCGGCUCUUCCCUCAAUGGCCCUGUCACCAACAUGCCUGUCAGUGGCUCCGUUUCCAACACCCCUGUUACCCGCUCAGUGGCUGGCAGUGAAUACAGUGUGGAAGUGGGGUUCAUCCAGAGAUCUGAAUCAGAACGUCAGAAGUAUAUCAUGACUGAGUUUGCCAAGAAGUUCUUCACAGAUGCUAUCAACAGGUGA